CGGAUUCAGUUUAUAACCAGUAUUUUCCAAAGGAUCAUAACCAAGUAUUCGGUUUAUAUAAAAUGUGAAAGUUGGCAAAGUUAGUAGAGACCCUAUUGGCUAUGAUUAAUAAACAACGAAUUUUGAGUAAAGGGAAUGAGUUAGAGAAGAUUAUACAAACUAUGUGGCUGUAGGACUGGACCAGAUUGAACAUGCGUUUGAAAUUGCAGGGGGUAGGGUUCUUAAGAGAGUUUCAUUAUUCAAGUUAAUCCCACAGCUCUAGGUUACAUUAUUUGAUUUAUUAUGGGCAAAACAUAUAUUAGAAAUAUAAAAGAAGUUUUGACGGUUAUUUCAUGGACAAAGUAUAUGAACAAAGUAUUACAGUUUAGUGAUUCAAUGUAGUGAAAUCUUUUGACCGAUUUGGAUUGUUUUUUCUAAUAUUUCUUUUUUUUUUUUGUUCAAAUUUUUUCUAAUAUUUCUUAUGAAUAUUAUUUCCCCGGGAAAGCUGCUUGUAUUGUUUGCUAAUCUUUUUCCCAGAGAGGUUGAUAUCGGAUUAUAAAAAUGUCUUUUACAACUAGUAUUUAUAGUAUAAAAUCUUCCUUUGAAGAAUAGAAUUUUCUCACAAUCAAUAUGAUAGAAAUAAAUCGUUCACAAGAUCAAGAUGAGAAGAUCAACUUUAGGAGAAACAAAUGGAGAAUCUUUUAAAAUCUAUAUUUCGAUACAAUAUAUUUGGUAUCGAAAUAUGGAUAAAUCUGCAUUAUCGUUGAAGCCAUGGAAACCACUACGGAAAAAACGAUUUUCCAAAAUAGAAGAUGAAGCCUUUUUGUUGUAUGGCGACGUUCUUACAGUCGUAAAAAGUUGGUUAUCCCAGUUUUUAGUUUUUGCAGUUGAAUCAAUAUAUUGGAUUCAAAACUGGAAAAUAUCUAUAGUUCUAAACUGGGAUAAGAUCAACAUAAUACAACAAAAGGAAGUGGUGUUUAUGAUGCAAUACAAAUUUAAAGUUCGCAGAAGAAUUGAUAGAGUUGAUACUCUAUCAAAAAAGAAGACCGUGGAGGGAAAAGCAUAUUUACAAGUUAAUUCAUUUGAUCUAGUGUUGUUUUCUCUUCAUCUUGAUUAUGCUAUUAGUUGUGUUUUAUUAACUUAUGUAUUGUAUAUGUAUUCGUUUCAUGUUACAUUCUAAUUAAUAAAUUCAAGUUGAUAAAAAAAAAGAAGAAAUAAAUCGUUCACAAUGCAUACUUUCUGUAAUGUCUUUCUACUAGUAUAAAAUCUUCAUUCAAAUAACAAAGGAUUUAAUUCAAUAUAAUUAAUUAUUUUCUGGUAUUUUUCCAAUUAUUAUUUUAUGUACAAUAAAAGUUGGAAAUUAGUUUUUGACAAAUGCAAAUCAUCUAGGCGUGUCAAUGAUGGAAACUUCUUAAAAAGGAGAUGCAUUUGAAUAUAGAAUAAUUGAAUUCAAUUAAUUGUAAAUGGUAAAGAAUCUCUAUUAUAUAAUAUCCAUGGAAAUGUAACUAAGACCAUUAAAAACAAAGAAACUGUUAAAUUUCUGAUAUCAAACACCCUUUAAGCUUUUUAUUUCAUAAAACAAUACCAACUUUUACACACGAGUAAAAGUCGAUAGAUGAUGAAACCAGUUCCAAGGCUUCGGCUGUUCAUCUCAGUAACUUUUGUGUUAUGUCUGUUCGUUGUGUUUCAAAUCCAUAAAUCAGAUUUGUUCGGAAAGAAUCUCCAAAUCACUCAUCAAGUUAACAACUUCUUCAUAUCCAUCGCUUCUUCUUCACACCAUCAAACCCAAAACCUCACCAAAUAUUCCAACGAGAGUGAUGGAGACAGAGCAAAACAGCCCGAGUCAGAAGAAACAGAUACUUGUGCCGGAAGGUACAUAUAUAUGCACGAUCUUCCAAGCAUUUACAACGACGACAUCAUCAAAGACUGUCGACCACUCAUCAAAUGGUUCGAUAUGUGUCCUUUCAUGGUCAACUCCGGUCUCGGUCCACAGGUUCUAGAGCACGCUAACAAGACAUCUCAAGUCUUAACCACCAAAACCGGUUCUUGGUACUCAACAAACCAGUUUUUGCUAUCGGUUAUCUUCCGUGAGAGGAUGAAACACUACGAGUGUUUGACCAACGAUUCAUCUCUAGCCUCAGCGAUCUACAUCCCGUACUACCCGGGAUUCGACGUGAGCCGUCACCUAUGGGGAUACAAUACAACAGUUAGAGACGCCCUGGCGACAAAGCUGUCUCGGUGGCUGAGAGAGAGACCCGAGUGGAACAAGAUGUAUGGUCGAGACCACUUUUUUGUAGCCGGACGGAUCGGUUGGGACUUCAGGAGAUGUUCGGAAGAUUCAGAGUGGGGAAGCAACCUGAUGUGCUUGCCAGAAUUUUCAAACACGACGAUGCUAUCUAUCGAAACCACUGCUUGGACCAACGAGUUUGCGGUUCCUUAUCCGACUUAUUUUCAUCCAAAGAGCGUAACCGAGGUUCGGAUAUGGCAGAGGAAAGUCAAGAGUGUGAAGAGGAGACACUUGUUUUGUUUUGUUGGAGCACCAAGGCCGACCCUAGAUGGAUCCAUCAGGGGAGAGAUUAUAAACCAGUGCCUUGCAUCUCACGGUAAAUGCAAGUUUCUUAACUGUAAUGAACCAGGUAACGAUUGCGAUAAUCCGGUUAAGAUAAUGGAUGUGUUUCAACGUUCGGUUUUCUGUUUACAACCUUCUGGAGAUUCAUAUACCCGAAGAUCGAUAUUUGAUUCGAUUUUGGCCGGUUGUAUACCGGUUUUCUUCCAUCCCGGUUCGGGUUAUAAGCAGUAUAUGUGGUAUUUUCCUAAGGAUUAUACCAAGUAUUCGGUUUACAUACCCGAUAAUGGAAUGAAAAAUGGAACGGUUAGUCUCAGGGAUUUGUUGGGUGGGAUUGAUAAGGAGAGUAUUUUGAGAAUGAGGAACGAAGUUGUAAAGAUUAUACCGAAGAUAAUAUACACUAAACCGGGAUUGGUUGGACCAAAGAAGAUUGAAGAUGCGUUUGACAUUGCAGUUGAUAGGGUUAUUCAGAGGGUAGCGAUGGUUAAGAGGAUGAUGGAAGAAGGAAAAGAUCUUCAGGGUGAGUAUUCACAAACAAGGGAUUUGAAGAAACUUGAGUGACAAUCACAUUACUGAUUUCUUAAAUUAUUAUUAUUAUUUUGUGAUACUUGUUUUAUUAUUUGUAAUAAACGUUAGUGAAAAUCAUAUGUGACAUGUUGGAAGAAGAUAAAAAGUUUGCUUA